AACCGAGCUGCAGCCAUGGCAGAGGGCAAGAGUGGGGGAGCGGGGCUCUUCGCCAAGCAGGUCCAGAAACGGUUCAGCCGGGCGCAGGAGAAGGUUUUGCAGAAAUUGGGCAAAACGGUGGAAACCAAAGACGAGCAGUUCGAGCAAAGCGCGUACAACUUCCAGCAGCAGCAGAACGAAGGCAAUAAACUCUACAAAGACCUCAAGGCUUUCCUCGGCGCGGUGAAAGUGAUGCACGAGAGCUCCCGGAAAGUGGCUGAAACGUUGCAGGAGAUUUACAGCACCGACUGGGAUGGUCACGAGGAGCUGAAAGCCAUCGCAGAUAGCAACGAUCUCCUGUGGGACGACUACGAGGCGAAGCUGGCCGACCAAGCCCUGCGGCUGAUGGAGAACUACCUGGCUCAGUUCGGGGACUUUAAGGAGCGUAUCGCCAAGCGGGGCCGUAAGCUGGUGGACUACGACAGCGCCCGGCAUCACCUGGAAGCUCUGCAAAGCGCCAAGAAAAAGGACGAGGCGAAAAUCGCCAAGGCCGAGGAAGAGUUUAAUAAAGCCCAAGCGGUGUUUGAAGAUCUGAACAGGGACCUUCGGGAGGAGCUGCCGGUUCUGUACAGCAGCCGCAUCGCCUGCUACGUGACCAUCUUCCAGAACAUCUCCAACCUCCGGGACGUCUUCUACAAGGAGAUGAGCAAGCUCAACCGUGACCUCUACGAGGUGAUGAGCAAACUGGACAAGCAGCACUCCAGCAAAGUCUUCAUCAUUAAAGGCGUCCCCAGCAACCGGCGCUCGCUGGUCAUCUCCUCGCCGGUGAGCCCCCCGGCCAUGUUUCCCUGCCCGGGGAAGGCGCCGGACUGGCAGCCCGUGGUGGAAGCGGAGGCGACGGCAACGUCCCCCGGGGUGGGCAGCGGGGCCACGGACUCCGUCUCCAACGGGGAGCUGGGUGCCACCAUCCCUGGCCCGCCACCGGCUUCACCCGCCAGCGGUGGGUCCCUGUCGGAGACGGCGUCGGUCUCCAGCGAGGAUGCUCCAGAGCCCGGCCCCAGCCCCGAAGCUUCGUCCCACGAGCAGGGGACGUCGGUGGCAACCGUGGAGCCGGGCACUGGCUCCCCCGGGCUCACUGAAAGCCGGGGUCCAGAGCCGGAGGGAGCUGCCAGCGAGGCGCAGGAGGGGGCCAAGGGCAUCGCCACCUCCUUGGCAUCACUGAUUUUAUCCGAGGCGAUUGCCCAGGCUGCCGGCACCGUGCCACCGGAGCCAGAAAAAGCCCCGGCUGGGCCGGAGGUGAGCAAAGCCCCAGCUACCGUAGGGGACCCCGGUCAGCCAGAUGGCGCGGCCACCAACGGUGAGGGUCAGGCACGUCCCGAGGAGCCACCGUCCCCAGCCCCGGCCAUCCCCUGCGAUGCCCCCGGUCCUGCGGCGCGGGCAGCGGCGUGUCCGUCCCUGGGCGGCGGGCAGGAGCCGUGCCGGCUCGGCGAUGCCACGGGCGAGCACAGCGACUCCGAGGAGAGCGUGGAGGGGACGGACGUCGAGCCAAAGGCGGCCAAAACUCAGAUGGGGCUGGAUCUGACCCUCGACGCGGCGUCAAGCGGCUGCACCGGGGACGGCAGCCCCCCCUGUGGCUCCCCAACCGAGGAGCCAGGCUGUCCCCAGACACCGGAGCAGGACGCGAGCCAGGACCCCCCACCAGCAGCAGCCCCCCCCCAGGACCUGACCGAGACCCUCACCUCCCUGUGAUCCCGGUGCCCCGCGCGGGAAACCGGCGUUUCACGGCGCCACGGGCCGAUAAUUGUGUUUCACCGCAACCGUACCGUGCUUCCCACCCCCCCGCCGUCCCGUCUGAAAUAAAGGCAGAGGGCAGAGAAGGUGGCGAGAGGAGGGCGAAGACGUCGGCAAGGGCCAAACCUCCGUCCUGCAAAAGCCCAUCACCAGGAUGGGGGGGACACGGGGUGGGGGGGGCUCUGCCGGGGGGGGGGUUACGGCAGCAGAAGCCAAACGCGGGAGGGAUUUGUCACCCUGUUCUUCCCCAGCACCCAACGCCGCUGCCUCGGCGCCUUGCGGUGACGCAGGAAAAAGGUGUCGAGCCGGUUUCUCCGGCUCCCAUAAAAUAUGCUGCCAUGCAAAAAAAAAAAACCCAAAAAACCCCCAAAAAACCCUGAUUUUACCCCCCGAGCUGCAACCCCCCCCCCAAUAUCGAAGCAAAACCCCGUUGCCAAUCGCCGCCCCGGUGCAAGAGCUUGCGUCGCCGCCCUGGCGAUGGGCUGGCUCCCCAGCGAGCGAGGGGUUAACGGAGGAAGUUUUUCUGGGGUUUUAUCAUCCUCGCAGCCGGACUGGAAAGGUGAGGCAGGAAAAGGGCAACGCCUUCGCCUGGGCGAGACUCGGAGCUGCACAUGGUGCCGGCAGCCGCUCGCCCCGGCACAGCGGGCGCAGGUAAGAGCUGGGGUGGGAAGGUGGGGGGGACACACACAUGGCUCCUGGGGUGACACCCCCCCACACACCCCCCAAAAAAGAAAAAUUUCCAUCUUUCCUGGGGAGGUUUGAAAGGGAUUUGGUUGCAUCGGGCACGGGGAUUUGCACAGGGAUGCAACGGAGUCGUGAGACAAGGGACGCCGAAGCGCGCGGCCGGUUUUGGGGAGAAGCCAAGAGGUUUUUUUCGGAGAAAACCCGGAGAAGCCGGGUGUUUUCCAGCUGGAUUUCAGGCAGGUGGGAAGGGAAAAGGCCGGAUCCUGCUCCGGCGAGAGGCAGAAAGCAGAAAACGCAGCGGAAAAGCUGAGCGGGGUGCUGGGGAGACCCUGGGGGUCCCCGGGGUGACGGAGGAGAAACGGGGGGGUGAGCGGGCUGCGGGGAUGGUUUGGUCAUCCCGUCCUUCAUCCGCCGGGAACGGGGAUGGGGGGGGGGGGCUGCGAAGGCGCCGCGGAGCAUCCCCGAAGGCGGGCUGCGCUCGGCGGAGCUUUUCGGGAGCAAAGCGACAGGGCGGGGAGGGUUUCGCUGUGGGAAAAGCUCUUGAGCAAUUUGGCCCGAGAGCAAGAAUGAGGAAGAUUAUGGGUUGGGGUUUUUUUGUUGUUGUUGUUUUGGGUUUUUUGUUUGUUUUUUAACACAACCCCCUGCCUCGCUUUAAAAAAAAAAAAAACAAAAAACAAAAAAAAAAAAACAAAAAACCCAAAAAAACCAAAAAAACACCAAAAAAACCCCAAAAAAACCCAACGAACCACAUGGAGAUUUGUCGGGAUGCAGCGCGCUGGGGAAGUGAGUCACCCCCACUCCGUCACUCAGCCCCCUCCGCCGGCACAGCCCGGAGGUUCCGACUGCGCGGCGGCUGGAUCCCGGCCUGGCAAGGUAACCCUGGCGCCGCAAAAUAUCCCGUGGUUUUCCGGGGCUCCUUCCCACGGCAGGAACGGCGAGGGGGUACCCGAGCGGAGCAUCCCUCCCCCCCGCCCCGGGGAUUCAACGCGGGGAGCUUUGCUUUCACGCUUGCCAACGUUUUGAUGCCAAAGCGAGUCUUUCCCCGGGUAAAAUUUGAUUUUUAAACCUUCGGUGGGUCCCCAGGAUCCCGUUUUGCAGGUGCUGCGGGCACAAAACUGGUUUGCGGUUCCCACCGGCAACGCCGAACGCUUCGCGAUCGUCGAGGCGCACGGCUUGCACCGGCUCCCUUUUCAUCAAGCAGUACUUUCUCCUCUUUUCCCCCCAAAUCCUAAUUCUUAUUUUUUUGGGGGGAAAUUUUACCCAUUUUUUUUGGCUCUGAAGCCACCCAAGCAGCCGCUGCUCGGCGGGAAGGUUGUGGUUGGCUUCAGAAAUUGCGUGAAGUUCCCCGACGCCCCGACAUCGCUGCUGGAGGAGCCCAGCGAGCUUUAAAGCGAAGCUGGGUUUAAAGCGAAGCUGGGUUUAAAGCGAAGCUGGGUUUAAAGCGAAGCUGGAUUGAAAGCGAAGCUGGGUUGAAAGCAAAGCUGGAUUGAAAGCGAAGCUGGGUUCAAAGCGAAGCUGGGUUCAAAAUGAAGCUGGGUUCAAAAUGAAGCUGGGUUCAAAGCGAAGCUGGGUUUAAAGUGAAGCUGGGUUUAAAAUGAAGCUGGAUUGAAAACGAAGCUGGGUUUAAAGUGAAGCUGGGUUCAAAGCGAAGCUGGGUUUAAAGUGAAGCUGGGUUUAAAACGAAGCUGGGUUUAAAGUGAAGCUGGGUUGAAAGCGAAGCUGGGUUGAAAGGAAAAACUGGGUUUAAUGAAAAUUUGGGUUUAAAGCAAAUCUGGGUGUAAAGCAAAACCGCGUUUAAUGCAAAUCUGGGUUUAACGACUCGGUGGCUCGUACCAACCUGAGCUUGAGCCCAGGGAAGCUGUCGUGCUCGGGGGGGAGCUGCUGCAGACUUGGGGUCCCGCUCCCCAGCCGGUGGGAGAAGGGUCCCACGACCAUCCGUGCCCGCUGCUGGGAAUGGGGAAAAAAAAAAAAUUGUUUUCCCCAAUUCCUGCGACUCUGUUAAGCCCGAACGGUUGCGCCCUGCUAGCGCUCGAAAGCAAAAAAACCUGCUGGCGUAAGGGAUGUUUUGCAAACACCCGCCGGCGCUGUGAGUCACAAGGGCACGGUGGGACAAGCAGGGCAGGGCUGGAUCCUGAGAAAUUCAUCCCGCUUUCCAAAAUCCCGGAGGUCACCGGCAGGGUUAACAUCGCCCCGUCCUCGUGAGAUGCAUCCUGACGGCACGGCCGCGCUCCCGGCUCCCCGCUCCUGGCCCGUGUCCACGUUCCCGUCGUUAAAUUUCCUCUUUUUUUUU